AUGAUACAUGAUGCCUUUGGAGGUUGUACACAAUCUAUCGAUAUUGAUGUUAAUGAAAGGGUUGAUAUGGAGCCAAACCUACAGGAAAAUGCUACUCAUACAUUUGGAAAUAAAUUCCAUCAAGAGGUUGAUAAAUUUGAACAACUCAUGAAGGAGCGAAAUGAAGAACUAUAUCCUGGAUGUAAGAAAUUUAGCAAAUUGUCCUUUUUUCUACAUAUCUAUCGUACAAAAUUCAUGCACAAAUGGUCAAAUGAAUCAUUUGAUUCUUUGCUUGGACUAUUGAAGGAUGUGUUGCCAGAAGGGAAAGCAUUACCUCCUUCUUUCUAUGAGACCACAAACAUAGUUGACAGUUUGGGCUUAAUGUGUGAAAAGAUUCAUGCUUGUCCUAAUGAUUGUAUGAUUUUUAGAAAAGAAUUUGCCAGUAAGGAUAUCAAUGAAUGCAAAAUUUGUGGUGCUUCUAGAUGGAAAAAUAAGGCAAAGAAAAUUCCAGCCAAGGUCCUAAGUUUUGAUAGUAAGUAUCCUGAAUUUGCUGGAGAUCUUCGCAAUGUUCGUUUAGAAUUACCUUCUGAUGUGUUUAAUCCAUUUGGCACUAUGCGAACUGUUCAUAAGGAGUUAAAUGAAUUACAGAGUGUCGGGGAAGAAACAUACGAUGCAUCUACAAAGGAUACAUUUCAAAUGAGAGCAACUCUCAUGUGGACUAUAAGUGAUUUUCUAGCAUAUGGUACUCUUUCUGGAUGGAGCACUUCCUGUCGGUUUGUAUGCCCUUCUUACAACAUACACACUCAAUUUAAAUGGCACAAACAUGACAAGAAAUAUUGCUUUAUCGGACAUCGACGUUUCUUAAAGUCUGGACACAAAUAUAGAAAUACAAAAUCAUUUGAUGGGAAUAAAGAAAGAAGAGAUGUACAUUGCGCAAUAUCUUGGUCACAAGUGCUGGAUCAAGUUAAAGAUAUAAAGUUUACUCUAGGCAAGUCAAGUGAAGAGGUAAGUGGGGUGAUGAAAAAUACAUGGAAAAAGAGGAGCCUAUUUUUCGAUAUUCCUUAUUGGGAGUAUAACUUGGUGCGCCAUAAACUUGUUGUAAUGCAUAUGGAGAAAAAUGUUUGUGAUAACAUAAUAUAUACACUAUUGGGUCUGGGUAAAAAGUCAAAAAACAAUAUAGAAGCACGAUUGGACUUGAAGGAGAUAAAAAUAAGACCAAGCUUAUGGCCGCAAUAUCGAGCUAGUGGGAGAGCAUAUCUUCCUCCUACUUAUUUCACCAUGCCUUCAAAUGAAAAAGAGAUGUUUUAUGAAGUACUACAAAAUGCCAAAUUUCCACAUGGCUAUGCCUCUAAUAUCGCACAGUGGAUUCGCAAGCGAAAGAUAUCUGGACUAAAAACUCAUGAUUGUCAUGUUAUAAUGCAAGAACUUCUUCCUCUUGCCUUGCGGAGAUCAAUAGAUGAUACAGUUAAAUCUAUUUUAAUUGAACUAUGA